AAAAAUCAAAAUGUGAGCAGAUGCAGCUAUAGGAAGGGGACCGGUAGAGAGAACAAAGUAUCAUAAAAGCAUCCAUGUGAAGGAGUCCCAUGGAAGAUAUUGGGCCAUCUCUGUUUGAGCCUCCUUUUCUACUUUUGAAAAUCAGUACAGCUUUAGCCACGAAAAAAACAGAGAAGACACUAGGCAUGAGAGAACGAUGUGAGGAUCAUCUCCACUCUCCACCACGAGGACUUUAUCAUCCCCACCAGUUUUGGUUACAGCGGUGAGGUGCGUAAGGCGCAUGUGAUCCAUCCUUUUCUUUUUGGAUCGAUGAAAGUAAAUGGUUGGACUUGGAGAGAUGGGCCAACCCCUGUUACCUUUCUUUUUCUUGAAUCUUCAUCUUCAGAAGUAGAUCUUACCCAAAAAGAAACAAAUUAAAAAGGCAGCAAAAGAAAGAAGAGAAGAAAAAUAAAGCCAUAGGAGAUAUGGAUGAGAUGAUGGCUUCGGCGUUGAUAAGAAACCCAGAUGCAGAGGAGGAAGACGAAUUGAGCAACCAGACCAUCACUACUCCCACAACUUUACCAAGCUGGAAGCUUUACGAAAACCCAUUCUUUAAUUCUCAACAACAACAACAACAACAACAGCAACAGCAGCAGCAGCAGCAGCAGCAGCUUCAGAUACCUCGAAGAGGGCGUCGCCAUCGUCUCCCAUUACCUCUCUCUGCUCGUAAAAUCGCUGCUUCUUUGUGGGAUCUCAGCUUCUUCAGAUCCAUAAUGGAUUCCGAGCUCGAAAUUGUCAGGACCCAGAUCGUAGAAUUGAGGUCAGAGCUUCAGUUUGAACGCGAGGCUCGUAAGAAGGUAGAAUCCAUGAAUAAGAAACUGGCCAAAGAGCUUUCGGAAGAGAGGAAAGGGAGAGAAGCUGUAGAACGAGUUUGUGACGUACUAGCCAAGGAGAUCGCAUCGGAUAAAGCAGAGAUAGAUCGGAUGAGGAAAGAAAUGGAGGAGGAAAGGAAGAUGCUGAGGAUGGCUGAGGUACUAAGGGAAGAGAGGAUCCAGAUGAAGCUAACGGAAGCCAAGAUGUUGUUUGAGGAGAGACUGUCGGAAUUGGAAUUGGACUUCACCAAACCAAAGGGGUUUCAGUUUCAGUUUCACUCUCCAUCUCCAAUGGACAAGACAAAAGCAGAGGAGGAUAGUAAGAAAACUUGUAACGAGGUCGCCACCAGCAAGACAUCAUCUGGGCAUGGGAGUCGUACCUGUAAUUCCAAAAAUUCAAAUUUGACAUCACCAUAUUUCGACAAUGGAGGUGGUGGUCGAUCCAUCAUGAAUCAGAAUCAGAACCAGAGAAGAGCAUCAGCGGAAGCAGAGAAUCCCCACAUAAAGAGAGGAAUCAAAGGGUUUGUGGAGUUCCCGAGAGUGGUUCGAGCAAUUGGACCCAGAGGGAGGCAUUCAAGCUCCAAGUUGGAGUGUCAAAAAGCUCAACUUCGCCUUCUACUGAGACACAGAAGCCCUAUCCGAAGCCAUAAUCUCAUCAUGAGUUGAUUUCUCUUGUUCCUCUAUCUCCCCUACCGAUUCCUUUUCUCAUCUUUUAAUUAAUUAAUUUAUUUUUGUCAGUUGUGAUGAGUUCUUCCUGAUUUGUGUAUUUAUCUGAUAAUCUAUAGUUGUUCAGAUUUUUUUUUUUUAAAUGGGAUUUUAAUCCAAAUUUUGAUUGUGAUUUGGGAGUUUGUAAUUGCUCUACUGUUAUUCUGAUUUAAAGCUUAUAAAAGCACAUAUAUGAGGAGCAUAUAGUUUGCAAUUAAAAUUGAAAUGGCAACAACAGUAUUUCGUCAA